UGUUAGCCCAGCCCACCCAUGCUGGUGUUCACAGGGCGGGAUGCCAGCGGGCAUGUUGGGUGCCCUGUCCCCCAUCCCAGACAGGACAUUUGAGGCUGGAGCACAGGGGCUGGCAGUGUCCUCAGAGCCACGGGACCGAGGGCAGGCUGCCUGGACCCUGGGAGCCUCAGUGUCCUCAUCUGUGAGAUGGGAGGGUGGUUAGCUCUGCCACAAGGGCAGACCAUGUGCGGCUCAGUUUGGGCUCUGGGCACCAGCAGGGGUGUGAGCUGAGAGUCAGAGUGCCAGGAAGAAGCCAGGGUGGUUACAGCCUCUAGCAGGUGUCCCAUGGCACCAGAGCCCCUUGGGGUCCUCCUCUCCUUUCCACACCACCCCUCCCUCCUCGGCAAGGCCUGGCCCCCUUGAUGCUGGGCAGGGAGAGGCCGAGAGUGAAAGGGAGACUGUUAUCUGGGUGCAGCCUGCCCCUGCCAUGUUCCUUUGUCCACCGUGCCGACCCCUCUGCGGGCUGUGGGCUGGGGAGCCAGGGCUGAGGGGGGAGGCAGAUGUGAUCACACAGUGGUUCGCAGCCGCCCGGGCGGAAAGGAGGAAGGCUGCGGGUGGGCCCUGGGUGCAUGGCCACAGCCUCCUCCCCUUCUGAGUGUGGUGUGGGAAGUGCACGGGGCUGAGGCUUGGAGUGGGGUCCUGAGGGGUGUGCAGGAGUUUACCAGACAAGCAUUGUGGGGUGAGUAGCAGCCAUUGCAGGGUGAGGAAGGCAUGAAGCUACGGGGAAGUGGGCACAGGCGUGGGCUCAGCAGGCAGGAGAGGCAGAGAGACUGGUGGCCAGCAAGGCCUGGGGGGCUGGGAGGAGCCUGAGCUUCCUCCAGUGGCGUGAGGAGCCGGGUACAGAAUGGACUGGUGGGAGGCUGGGAGGUAAGAGCAGAACAGUCAGGCCUGGGUACCCAGGGGUCCCAGCAGGAGUGAGGAGAGUGAGCCCAGCUGGCAGGUGGGGAAGCGGCCAGAAGUGAGCCUGGUUGGGCAGGGAGAGAGAGGGGUGCUGCCCAGCUUGGCCUGGCUGGGGUUGGAUGGACAUGUUGGGUGUGGGGACUCUGGUCUGAGUGGGCAGAGGCUAUGGCAUCAGGGGUUCAGAGUGGCCUGCAGGGGCUGCUGACCAGGACAGGGGCCUGAGAUGGUGGUAGAGGCGGGUACGUGGGCACCCCGGGAGGCAGGGUGGGAUGAGAUCUGGGCAGGGUGGUAGAGCGAGGGGAGGUGAGACCCACGAGUCCUCCUCUAGAGCUGGCCUGGAGCCAGGGUGUCGGUGCAGAUGCGGCUACGCAGAUGCUGGCUCUGCCACUGCAGGCCUACGACGGCCGGAAGGUUGAGUAACCGCUCUGAGUCACACCUGUGAGGCAGAUGAUGCCACCUGUCUCAGUGGUGGGGACUGAACUAGGUGAUAUAUUUAUGGCACUUGACAUAGUCUGGCAUGUAGUAAACAGUCUGAAAAGGACAGUUGUUGGCAUUAGUUCUGUGAUGUGCCUCAGACUGUAUUGGAAGGUUGUGACCAGGGUCACAGUUCAUUUGCAACCAGGUUCAGGGCUCAGUGUAUGAGCAGGGUCAGGUUCAGGGUGUGAUCAUGGUCAGGGUCCAGCACGUGACCAGAAUCAGGGCCCAUUGUGUGCCCAAGAUCAAGACUCACAGCCUGACUGGGAUCAAGGCUCAGGGUGUGACUGGGCUCAGGGCUCAGGAUGUGACCAAGAUCAGGGCUUAGAGUAUGACUGAGAUCAAGGCUCAGAAUAUACGUGGGUCAGGGUUUAGUGUGUGGCUGGAUUCACAGGCCAGGGUGUGAUGGGAAUUGGGGCUCAGGGUAUGAUCUGGGUCAGGGGUCAGUGUAUGAUGGGGUUCAGGGCUUAGUGUAUGAUGGGAUUCAGGGCUUAGUCUAUGGCUAGAGACAGGAAUUAGUUUUGUGGGCAUUUGGGAGCCAUAGAUGAUGUUGGGGCAGUGGCAGGACGAAGGUGGGACUGUGGGUAGAAAUGAGUGCUUAGGGGGCAUAGGGUGGAUAUAGGGUUCAGGAGACGAUUGGGAGUGGGAGUUCAUGGGGUGGAAACCGGCAGACACUCCGUCACCAGCCAGGAGAAGCCAUCGGUGGGAGGGGGCCGGCUGGUUCAGACCGAGUAUGCAGGGAGGGCCUCUGUGAAGUGGUGACUCCUGUGCUGAGAGGAGACCCAGGCGCCUGAAGGUCAGGGAAGGCGUGCAGGGCAGGGGGCCUGACAUGUGUGAGGGCCUGGGCUGUGCUGUGCCUGGCUUGGGCCAGUCCCCGGCAGUGGCCCAGCCUGGCUCUGCCUCACCUCGGCGUGAGUUGAGGCCAGGCUUCGUCUACCACUCCUGGUGAGGCCUGCAGUUCUCAGACCCCUGGGCCUGCCCAGGCCACCGCCCAUCCCUUCUCCGUCACCUGGAACCUGCUGAGCAAGGGCCGUCGGGAGUGACUGAUGAGCCAGGCAGGGAGGAGAGGGAUCAGGUGGACCAGUGGGAGAGCUGGCGGGCUUGCGGCUGCCAGGCCUAACGAGGGCAGGCGGAAGCAGAUGGCUACAGAGGCCUGGGCCGGAGCCAGCCUCAGAGCAGGCGCAACACACUUACUCGGCCGCCUGUGACCUUUGUGGCCGGCCGGCCUCAGGCCAGCCCAGUGUCUUGGAAACAUUUACUGGGGUCACCCUGUCUCCCACCUGUCCCUGUCCAGCUGGUCUCCUAGCCCUGGGCCUCAGCUCUGCACUGGUACAGUUAUCAGUGACUGAUGAGCCAGGCUGGGAGGGAUCGGGGGGCUGGUGGGAGAGCUGGCAGGUGAGUUUUGGUGGGAGAAGUACCAGGUGAUGGGACUUCAAUCCCGGAGGACCACCGGUGUGAGGCCUGAGCUCCAGGCUGUGGCAUGCAGGAGUGGUGCGGAGCAGGGUUUCCUGCCGGGCACGGCAUCCCUGUUCCCACCGUGCCCUCCCAGAGCGUAGUUUGGACAACCGAGGUGAGCAACGCUACCUGGGGUAGUUCCAGGGGCCUGUCUGGAGGCAGUGGUGUUUGAAAGCCUAGUGGGUUGGCAGUGCUUCUGCACACGAAGAGAAGGCGACUCUUGUUCCGGGGAGGCACAGCUGGAGCCGUGGCACCUGGUACGCUUGGGCAGCACAGCUUGGCCCUGGAGGCGAGUGCCAGGUGUGGGGGGUGUCAGUCGUGUGUCUGUGCGGGCCCCAGUUGUGUGCGUGUGUGCAGGCCCCAGGGGUUGUGUGUGUGCGUGUGCGGGCCCCAGGUGUGUGCAUCUGUGCGGGCCCCAGGAGUUGUGUGUGUGCGUGUGUGCGGGCCCCAGGUGUGUGCAUGUGUUUGGGCCCCAGGUGUGUGUGUGUGCGGGCCCCAGGUGUGUGCAUGUGUGCGGGCCCCAGGUGUGUGCGUCUGUGCGGGCCCCAGGGGUUGUGUGUGUGCAUGUGUGCGGGUCCCAGGUUGUGUGUGUGUGCGUGCGUGUGUGUGGGCCCCAGGUGGGUGCAUCUGUGCAGGCCCCAGGGGUUGUGUGUGUGCGUGUGCGGGCCCCAGGAGUUGUGUGUGUGCGUGUGUGUGGGCCCCAGGUGCGUGCAUGUGUGCGGGUCCCAGUUGCGUGCGUGUGUGCGGGUCCCAGGUGUGUGUGUGUGUGUGUGUGCGCGUGUGUGUGUGCGGGCCCCAAGUGCAUGCAUCUGUGUGCGGGUCCCAGGUGCGUGCGUGUGUGCGGGUCCCAGGUGUGUGUGUGUGUGCAUGUGUGCGGGCCCCGGGUGCAUAUGUGUGCAGGCCCCAGGUGCGUUUGUGUGUGCGGGUCCCAGGUGUGUGUGUGUGUGUGUGGGUGCGUGUGUGCGGGCCCCAGGUGUGUGCAUCUGUGUGCGGGUCCCGGGUGCGUGCGUGUGUGAGUCCCAGAUGUGUAUCUGUGUGUGCACAUGUGUGCGGGCCCCAGGUGUGUGUGUGGGUCCCAGGUGCGUGUGUCUGUGCACAUCAGGCGUGUGGCCUGCACCACCCCGAGGACAGAGCCCCAAGUGGGCGACCUUAGGCCUCGUUUUGGCCUGGAGUGGAGUUCGGAGGAGCUGGGGGUGGGAGGAGCAAGGGGGUGUGGGGGAUGAGGAAUCCUCGAUGGGCAAGGCCCUCCCCGGGCAGGGGCUUCGAACCGCACUCCCCAGGGCUCCACUGUCACACUCUGAUUCAGGUAAGGCUGCCGCAGCCCUCGGUCUCACAGACCAGCAGGUGGCUGGCUUCAUGGAGGCCGAGGUGCAGACUGCUGGGAGCUGAGGCAGGCGUGCCCAUUAGGGCAGGAGGACGGGGGUUGGCCUACGGAGGUGGCAGCGAGGCAGCCCGCAAAGAACAAGGCUGGGAUAGGUGGGACCCUGAGGUUACCCGUCCAGGGCAGAGGCGAGCUAGGCUGAGCCAGGAAUCCUGGCAAGGAUGCUGAACCCCCGAUCCCUGGGGCCCUGCUCUGAGUCUGGAAACCUAGGUUUGUGUUUGAGCCGGACCCUCUGCUGUGCCGCCUGGUGACCUUGGACAGGUUCCUCCAUUUUUCUGGAUUCUGCCUUCCCCACCUUCAUUCAUCUGGUUCAUGAUGUUGACUGAGCAUCCCUGCUGGGCGGGGCCCUCGGGGGAUCGGGGACAUGGAGGACACUCGGCUGUGGGGAUAGCAGCCACAUCUAGCAGGGGCUUUGAACUGGAUCAGGGGGACACCAGCAGGGCCUGGGAGGCAGGGAAGGCUGCCUGGAGGAGGCAGUGCAGGGAAGGGUAGUCCAGGCUGCAGGAGCAGUAUGUUCGUGAUGGAGGGCACAGGGCAGCGUGGAGACUGCGGGGAAAGGGGGCGCCCAGGCUGGGAUGAGUGGGGCCGCAGGGCAGCCGGGCUGACUCGGGAUGUCGAGCAUCUUGGGGGGCAAGAAGGGCUACCCAGGGCUUUAGGAGACAGUGCAACAUGCCAGGGUCAGCAGACUUGGGGCGGGGGCCAGGAAGGCGUCAGCUUCAGGGUGGGGGGUACCCGAAGCACCUCUUCUCCCCAGGCCUCGCCUUCCUGCCCGGCCGACCACCUCUGCCUCCUUCCAAGGGCCCGGAAAUGGACUGCACCCCCUUUCUCCUGAAUUCUCCAGUCGUCUGGAAGCUCUGUACACAGGGGGCCUUUGUUCACGCCCCCGAGGCGUACACCCACCUGCCGUGUGCCGGCACGCCCCAGGCAUGGCGGUUCAGCCUGGCUUACGACUCGGGUGAUGGGUUGGGAAGUUGCUGUGGGUGAACUCAUCCAUACAGAAGCGAUGUCAGCCUGAGUCCCCUCCACAGCUGUGCACACCCUUCAUCCACCUGACUUCCCUGUCUGUCCUCAGGCCUGGCGUGCUGGGGCUGUGCAGGGCCACGGGGUCGGGAAUGGCGGGGUCUGUCGCAGGCCCAGGCCCUUUUGAGGAUGGAAUGAGCUGAGUGCAGUGGCCAGAGGCACAGUCAUGUGAAGUGGGGAAGCGUCUUCUGGGGACACCGCUGGGGAAGAGCCCUGAGGGGAACCAGGGGGCCUCGGGGGCUCGGGGCGUUCUUGUCAGGAAAGGGAGGCUGGCCAGGGGCAGGGCCAGGGUCAGCCCAGUGGCCUUUGCAGAGCCGGAUGGGGCAUUUGGACGACGCCCAGGGCAGGAGAGUCAGGGAGGAGUGGGGGCCCUCCCUAGGAAGGGGCAGUCACCUAAACUACCCCCCAGGUGGUGAGGAGGAAGGGCCCACUUUAUUCGGGUCACCCCGGCACCCGGAUGACACCCCAGCUCCCACACUCCUGCCUCUGAGCAGGGCAGAGGUGCCCUCCAGUGCGCUGGUAACCUCCCCCAUGCCGCUGUGGCUGGAGAGGAAGUCACGGGGGGCAGGGCUAGAGGUGGGGAUGCCUGGGGCUAGGGCUGGCAGCUAGGCCUAGAGGCUGCAGGGGACUGAGGGGCUGUGGAGGUGACACAG